GUCAGAUACACUGGCAGCCCGAGGGGCCCUGAUCGCUCUCACAAUGUGUCGCUCUUGGACGUAUUGUCGUUGCCUCGUGGCUGCGAACGCCCAACAAGCCCGUCGAACGGUGGAACAUCCCAGAGUCAAACCCCCUUUUAUUGACAUGAUACUGUCGCCGGUGACCUGUCGUCCUGAGGAGAGAGUAGCACAACCUUCAGAUCACUCCAGACCUGUGUUGAGGAAGCAGAAGAGUCGCAGUGCGGGUGGGAGAUGGACCAUCUGAUCCACUUCGACCAAAACCCCAGAGCCGCUGAGAAGCCGUCGCUCCACCGUACCAGCAAUGAUGCUGGCUUCAAGAUCAAACAUGGGGACAUCUAUGAGCAGAAUCCGCUCGCCAGCGAUUCUCUGACAAAACUCGAUAACGAGUACAAUGAACUCGCGAGAACCUGUCAGGCAUUUAACAAGAAUCUGUUCCCGGACGAUCAUAGUGAUCUAGAACAGGAUGCCCCAACCGAUGAAGAUGUCCUGCGAGUGAUCCGCCAGGCAGAAGAAGUCUGGGCAUCAAGUACUCGCGGGUGUCAUCACUUACGAUGGUCAACGACGCUGCUUGGAUCAUGUGCUACGGCCCUGGAUGCCCAUUCAGCUUUGUUAUGUGCAUUUCCCCGAGGGGAGAGAUAUCGCUCUCUUCUUUACCGUGUCCUUCAGUCUGUGAUUAAGGCUUCAGCCAAGUAUCACAAGGUCGCAGAAGGCCUUUCACAAGCUCUCGUCGAAAUCAACGAAGCGAUCUUUUCCGCUCGAGGCGCCGGACUCGACGCAUCCAUGAGGGUGCUAUACCCUAUCGCUACUCUUUACUCUCAGAUCUUCCUCUUCUUCGGAGAGUUCAUGUAUUGGUACACUAAGAAGGCCAAAUGUCGUCUUCUGAAGAGCCAUCACCAAGACUUUUAUUCUGACCUUCAGUAUCUCGUCCACGUGAUAAGAGAGACCUGCAGUUCGAUCAAUCUCGAACGAAUAGACACGACUUAUCUCACCGCGGCGAUAGGAAUGAAGGGCGGAACGAAUCUCUCACGUGCAACGCUCUACCAGAUGGAAGAGGCACGUUUAAGCCAAGCCGGAUUGAGAGGAACGGAUCGCCAUGUUGCUUCACAGAAUACCAUCAUCCGUCAACUGCUAUGGGAAAUCCAAAAAGAUGCCAACGAGCGAAAGAGAAUGGCGGAUGAAAAAGACAUGCUCCUUUCGCAGCUAGUUCACUUGUUAGAGCAGAAGGUCCAUGGGUUGAAGCGUGGUAAGAACGACGAGGUCGUGACCGCCACGGCGUUGGAAGAUAUUGGUACGGAAACUAUUUCUCUUGCAUUUCUUAUCAGGUCUAGGCUAAACCCAGAAGCCCAAGUUAUUCCCAGCAUCGCGGCUUCCAAGACAUCUAAACGCAAGGUAUCGAGGGUGGAGCUGGAACUUUCUUCCAAGGACCUCCAAGACUUCUUCGACAAUGACGAUCAAUUAUUGAACCUCGAGCUCCCUCUGGAGAUAUACGCUGACCCCGGCGUGAUUACGACUUUGAGGGAAUGGACCCUCAGUUCGCCAUCCCAGGUACUCGCGAUCGCAUGUCCCUCCGUGACGUCUUAUCCCUGCCCAGCUACCAUUCUUUCGGGACACUACACUUGGUCAGCGCGACAGGCAGGGUUGCCAGUGAUAUCACACUUCUGUUCUCCUCUGUCGCAGAGCUCGGACGGAAGCAAUACAAGUGGUCAUGGACUUGUGGCAUUGGUAUACAGUUUGAUCCGACAAUUGAUCGAGCUUGCACCGCCUGUUCUGGAUUGCGAGAUUUCUUCUGAUCCAAGCGCAGAACGUUUCCGUAAGCUAGACGGCACCCUGAACACGUGGGAUGAGGCAAUAUCUGUCUUCGAUACCUUACUCAAUUUCGUACCGCCGGUCCUAGUCUGCGUGAUCGGUAGCCUUCACGUGCUCAAUGACGAAUCGACCGAGAGUUGUCUCCAGUCACUUGUUCGGAUCCUCGUCAGACGUACAAACCGCCCAAGUCCUACAUCAAGAAACAGAGCUACUGGGACCAAGCCUACCAUUCUGAAGGUUCUCUUCUCCACGUCUGGGAAUCCCACCGUGCUCUCGGAAAUCCCGCCAAACCAAAUUAUUGUCACGGACUCGCUGCGGAUCGGACGCGCUCCGGAACACCCUAUAUUCUUGGAGUCCAACACUGUAAGGGGCAAUUGCCCGUUAUAGCAUUGUUGAAUGAGGACUAAGGUUCUAGCGAUGAUCGUUUAUCUUUCCUAUCAAGAGGCCUCUUCUCCAUCGAAAGCCCCUUAUGUCUUGCGAUUUCGAGGAAUGUUUUCAUGAGU